AUGGAAACAGCCCUGUCCUCGUGCGAGGAUAGUGGCAUCGAUUUACUCCCAGGUGGCAGGCUGUCUGAUCUAGACUACGCAGAUGACAUUGUGCUACUAAGUGAAGAUCCAGACAAGUUGCAGACAUUUCUGGAUAACUUGAAUACCAAUGUAGCCAUAUCCGGUAUGCGUUUUGCACCUUCAAAGUGUAAAAUGUUACUACAAGACUGGGUCGGUCCAGCACCGAGCCUCAUUCUACCUGGAGAACCCGAGGAUGAGUCCGUUUAUGUCAACCUGAGCGACUUACCGUAUGAUUUGAUGCGGUUUAAUAUCUCCGCGAAAUCUGGCUCCGAACGUCGCGAAGCUCGGAAAGCGCUUCUAUUGAAGAUGGGUGCUGCACCACCGAAGAAACAGUACAUUAACUACAAAACACUGAUGCGUUCUCGCAAAGAAGCCAAAAUGCAGGCCUCAUUGUUACCACCCGAAGUAGCAUCCUUUUGGUGUUCAACUUACACAGACCAUUCAGACAGCUACUACAAUGGUGAACAAACGUGUGCCUCUUAG